GGUACCUAAGCUAAGGUAGCUAUCAUUCACUGUGAGUUGGCCUUCCUUUCACUCGCCUCUUCCGACAGAGCCAUGUAAUUUGUCAUCUGCCUUCCCCUAUCUUCCAUUCCCUUCCUUCUUUUCUCCCAAAUCAAAAACCUCAUCCUCCUUGCGCGCAGCAAGUAACCCCGCGACCAAGUCAAGGAAAAGUCUCAACAUCGAGCAGCGCUGCCAGCGCAGGUAGUAGAAGCUAUCCAAAAUGGAGCACGAAGCACUAGUUGGCCAAUUCUCGCAUCUGAACAACUUACCUCGAGAAAAAGAUGCUUUGCAUACUCUGAAGAAGAUUGCUUCUCUCGUGAAGCCCAUAAUGAGAGCCAGAAACUUCAAGGUAGGUACACUGGCCGAGUUCUAUCCAAACGAGCAGAAUCUACUGGGUAACUUACCUCCCCUAUUAUGUUUGGUCGCGAUUCUGAUUAUACAGGUAUCAAUAUGAAUAGAGGUCAGAAAAUAUGCCUGCGAUUACGAUACCCCGGAGACGUCAAUCAAUUUUUACCUCUCGAGCAGGUCGUGGAUACCAUGCUCCACGAGCUCUCUCAUAAUGUAAUCGGUCCGCACAAUGAACAAUUUCACGCGCUAUGGGACCAACAAAGGAAAGAAUACGAGGCUCUGAUAGCUAAGGGCUACACGGGAGAAGGAUUCUUGUCACAAGGCCACCAACUGGGAGGUAGAAGAUUACCUAUGCAUGAAGCAAGAAGACUUGCUCGUGUAGCUGCAGAGAAACGAAAGACAUUGAACUCAGGAUCUGGACAGAGACUUGGUGGCAGACCAGUGCUCAAGGGUACUGAUAUUCGAAAAGUCAUUGUGGAUGCGAUCGAGCGACGAAGUACCGUCUUGAAAGGCUGUGGCGCUGAAAAGAAGGACGAUCGGGAAAUCAAGGAUCUUGCUGAUCAAGCGACGGCCAAUGGGUUCAAGACUAAGGCUGAGGAGGAAGAGGCAAACGAUCGAGCGAUCGCUCAGGCACUUUGGGAACUGGUGCAAGAGGAUCAGGAAAAGGAAUAUGGCGAUUCAUAUGUGCCUUCCACCCCUUCAAACCCAACUGGUAACGGUGGUGGUAAGGUAGGGACCUCGAAAUCUCCUUCGAAGCCUCAAAAUCCGAAUUCCUCGUCCUCAUCCUCGUCAGCGACCACUGGACUAGCAAGACAGCCCCCAAAGCAUGUCAGUCGUCUAGUCAGUUGCCCACCCACAAAAAAACCAAAGCCCGCGCAAGAAAAUGACUCUUCAAUGGCAACUCCAAAUACUACCCCCGCAAAACCCCAAUCGAUCAUAGAUCUCACAUCUGACCCCUCUCCCCCACCUUCCACACCAAUACUAACAGGCUGGACAUGCGAAAUCUGCACCCUCCACAACCCACUCAACUACCUCUCCUGCGACGCGUGUACCGUCGAAAGACCACCCCACAUCUCCAUCCAGAUCGCAGAGCAGAACCAGAGACAGUCUAGUUCCGCAAAGCAAAAACCAGUAUCUAAACCAAAGCAGAUGUCGAUGCCAUCGAGACAGCAACCUGCUAUCGCGAAGACGUGGACGUGUAAGAGGUGUACUACUGUCAUGGAGGAUAAAUGGUGGACGUGUAAUACGUGUGGGGUGAUGAAGGAGAGUUCUUGAUUUGUUUUUUUGUUGUUGUGAUUUUUAAUGAUGUUAUGAUGUGAUGACACUAUGGAUGGCAAGGGACAGGAAGGAAAAGGCGUUGGUUUGUGGAUAUUAGGGAUUUAGAGUCUGCAUUUGGAUUUUUUAUGGUGUUGGGGGGGGUUUCUAGUGGAACUUUAUCUAGGAAGUUCUGCUCUCAAAAUUUCUCGUACUGUACAAUACCACUUAUUCCCUGAAUUCACCGAUCGUUCCUGGGUUUCUUUUCUCCGGG